GAGUCAGGCAGCGCAGUGUGUCGAUCUGUCAGGAGCGGUGUUGUUGUAAUACAGUGUGUUGCCGCGAUUAUGAUACCACAUAAUGGAGAAAAAUGGAAAGAUCACGAACUGAGAUUACCUAACACACUUACAGAGACUUGGACCAGACCGAAUCCACCAGCCCACCACGGAAGACGUAAACCAUUAACUCCAGUCCGUAACAGGGAUGUGACGCCGUGAAGUUGGAGAAUCUUUGUUGUCCGGACCAAAGACAGGGGGCCUGAAAUUAGACAACGGUUGAAGUAAAGCUAACAGUUACUGCGUUAGCUGCUAGCUUGCUGUGAAAUACUGCCAGUCAAAUUUAUCAUAGGGGAAGUGAGCUUCGAGAGAGUAACACUGUGCUGCUAUGUGUACCGUGAUAUACCAGGGGUCUUUAAAUAACAAUCAAUACUUGCCAGUUGACUGCUUUGCUAGCGCCAGUAGUAAUAGCGAGUGUAGUGGACUAACUACCAAUGCUAAGCUAGCUGGCUAGCUCGCUGGCGGGGCUAGCUUGUUGUUCUGCUGCUACCCAAGAGGUUCUCUUAUGUGAACAAGAGGAAAGUCUACUGAGCCUCUCAGACCCUGCAGGUUUGGUAGUUUGUUUGCUAGCUUUGAUAUUUUUAACUCUAUGGAGUUACGUUAUCUGCUCAUUUAUUUUGCAAGACAGUGGAAGCAAACCAACUAAUCUAGGCAUUAAGCAUGGUUUUCUCCAUUGAAGUGACUCCUGCCACCAAGCUCACAAUAAUCAUAACAUCUGUUGAAAUAGCUCAACCAAGCCAAUAUUCAAAUAUCAGUGGAUUUAACCUCAGUGACGUUAGAUGUUAACCUGUCGUUAAUGGUGUUUUAUUUAAUUGGCGAUGUGAAAUCUGUACAUUUAAGCUGUUAGAUAUCACUUGGAAAGACAAUGGCAGCUGUUUACUUCGGGUUAAAAUUGUGUUUUUCCACAGAGCUCCGCCUGUAACCACAUCAUAAUUUUUAUCUGUCUUUGGCUAUAUCAAUAUUUUGCUUUUCAGCACCUCGUUUUUGGCACUCACCUUGAUUUUCAACAGUAUUGUGACUGUUUGGCUGGACAGCAGUCUUGUUUUAACAUUCAGAUGCUUUUCACACCAACGUGGGAACAUUUUUAAAGUGGUGCAACCCAGGGACUUAGACCUGUGUGGUCCAGUUCAGCAAGUUCAUGACAUAACCGACCCCUGUUUGUUUUGGGUCAGGCGGGCAGGAUAACACAGGGGACCCAUCUCUGUUUGCAUCCACGGGGGAAGUGGGCACCUGUCCUCAGUCUCCAUUUGUGUUUCUCGUUGUCUGUGGGUUCAGAUGUGAGACGCAAUGGGUAGCCAGGGCAGCCCAGUGAAGAGCUAUGACUACCUGCUUAAGUUCCUCUUGGUGGGAGACAGUGAUGUGGGCAAAGGAGAGAUCCUGGACAGCCUGCAGGACGGCUCUGCUGAGUCCCCAUAUGCUUACAGCAGCGGUAUCGACUAUAAAACCACCACCAUUCUUCUGGAUGGGAGGAGAGUCAAGUUGGAGCUCUGGGACACAUCUGGACAGGGAAGGUUUUGCACCAUCUUUCGCUCCUAUUCCCGUGGGGCUCAGGGGAUCCUGCUGGUGUAUGAUAUCACCAACCGGUGGUCGUUUGAUGGCAUUGACAGGUGGAUCCGAGAAAUUGAUGAGCAUGCACCAGGUGUGCCUCGGAUCCUCGUGGGAAACCGCCUGCACCUGGCCUUCAAGCGGCAGGUUCCCACCGAGCAGGCAAGGGCUUAUGCCGAGAAAAACGGGAUGACUUUCUUUGAGGUUAGCCCCCUGUGCAACUUCAACGUUAUCGAGUCCUUCACCGAGCUGUCGCGCAUUGUCCUGAUGAGGCACGGCAUGGAAAAGUUCUGGAGGCCCAACCGAGUUUUUAGCCUCCAGGACCUGUGCUGCCGGGCCAUUGUGUCAUGCACACCAGUCCACCUCAUUGACAAGCUCCCGCUGCCUGUUGCCAUCAAGUCCCACCUCAAGUCCUUCUCCAUGGCCAAUGGCAUGAAUGCUGUCAUGAUGCACGGACGAUCCUAUUCUCUGGCCAACCCAGCUGGCAGCUCCAAAGGCAACAGCCUAAAGCGCUCCAAAUCCAUCCGUCCACCGCAGAGUCCACCCCAGAACUGCACUCGCAACAACUGUAAGAUCUCUUAGUCUCUGGACCCUGUUGGAUGUAGAGUGGACACUCAGAGACGGACAGAUAGGUAGUGGAACUGGGAGAUGGAUGUACAGCAAGAUGUGGGUUGGGUGUGCUUCUCCAAAUCUUUACCUGGAGAGUUGCAUUCAAAGCAGACAUGAGAUUGAUAAAAAGGUAGUGGGAGCAAUGAAGCAAUGCCUCAUCCUUAAUCCCUGCACCCAAGAUAUAAAGAACAAAAUGCCUGCAGACUUUGGCCUUUGCAGUCUUGAUGCUGACCACUCCUGACCACUGACAUGAGAGAGAGAGAGAGAGAGAGAGAGAGAGAGAGAGAGACUCUUCCAAUUCACAUUUGUGUUCUCCAGUCUGCUGGAGCAUUACUACAUGUAAACAACACACACAAAAAACCACUCAACAUUGCACCGCUCACAUUAUGUGUCAGUCAGUAGCCAUCACCUCAAGAUCUGUUCUUUGGUCCUUUUGAGCUCUUCAUAUGUGUCUCUCCUUUUUCUCUUAUCUGUAUCUAAAUUCGUCAUCAUUUCUUCCCUUUUCCAUCCACACUUGAGUUUGUACUGCUGUUUGGAUGACCAAUAAGCUAAUGAUCAAGACACUAGUGACCAGUUUUGAGGGCUCAUAUAGAUUGUUCACCUGUCUUCAGCUGGCAAUAGCAUUUAUGUUUGAUUUGAACAUUCAAUAUGCUUUGGAAGUCAUUAAGUAUUACACUGUUGACAUGAAACUUUUACUGAACUGUAAUCUUAAAAAGUCACAAUACAACAGGUACUUCCCACAUGGUGUUGCAGCUGAAGCUUUAUAUUUUGACUGCAUUAUGACAUUAUUGACCUUGAUAGGGAGCCAUCAGUGAAUAUCUUUUUGACCCAAGAGCUCCUGAGAGUUGCAGAAAGAGACAGAAGGACAACUUUGCACGCACAUCAUGUCUAAACAUCACCCAGAGGAGCUGUUCAGGUCCAGGCAAAUAUUCAUUUUACUGUGACCCUCUCCUCUUUCCUUGUUCUCUUUUCCUUCCUCUUUCCCUCACUGCCAAGCGUUUUGAGACUUCUUCAUGUUACAUAGGUCAUGAGUCAUGUCAUGCCUGCUACAUACAGCACAAAUCUAUCUGAUGUCUUUUUUCAGUGUUGAUUGCACUUGCAAUUUACCCCCACCCGUACCAUCACCCCUCCCUUCUGCCCUAACCCAAGUAAAUUGCAUAGGAUCACACACAAAACACAGCUCUGUCUGCUGCCAUAACUUACCCUCAUUUCCCUAUUAUGUUUUGUUUAACCCUUCUGUGCCAAAUGAAACCAGUCAACAGUACACAUACACUGUUGCCAAACUUGUUUGAUUAUCACAUUUCUACCACUUUCAUUGUUUUCCAUAGGUUUUAGUCUUAGACCCAUAAUCCUUCAAUUCCCGACCAAGAAGGAUUUACUCACAAGCCAUCAAUUUAAACUCAUAUUCAAAAAUGUCAGCCAUCUCAGAUUCAGUGGUAAAAAAAAAAUAGGCGCCAUAAUUUUGAGAUUGUACAACAGCGAAACUAUCACAGUUAAGUUUAAAAAGCUUUCGUUCAUUAUGUAGUAUAAUCCAAGUCCCCGGUAUCCAGUUGUAUGUCCAGUACUUUCUGAAUCAUAGACCUUGAUUAGAGUACAACAGUCAUAGAACAGUUUGCCAUGGUCAUUUGACAGUACAGAAUAAAAUGACGAUUGUUGUUGGUUGCUACCGUUACAACACAUGUCAACGGGGCCCUAAAAUGAGUCACACUAGCUCGAGGAUUGAGAAUAUAUGUUAUUCUGUGUCUGCUUGCUAAAACUAGUUAGGCAAUGCCCACAGUUCUUUGCAGUAGUAACAAUGCAUGUAAAAAUUAUAUUUCUGACCAUCCUGCUCUGUGGAUUUGAAUAGGAAAGUCUGUUCUGCUUCAAUUCAAAUUCUGUGUCUCAAACACAUAUUUUUGCUUGUAUUUUGCAGAAGUGGUCUGCAGAAAGACAUAAGUGAAAAUUUGUGUUUACUGAGUAUACAGCUUGAUAGCUGAUAGCAUUUUGCUGUUGCAAAAUCGUAAAAUUAAGGAUCCAUUUAUUUGCUUUGGAUGAUGUUUUUGGAGAACAAAUUUACCAUGAAGGCUUGAGAGUAAAGCUUUCUUUGUUAGGGACUGUACUUGAUACAAAACAUGCUUUGAAGUGAAGUAUCCCUUAAAGAUGCCCCCACCCCACCACCCACCCCCCCGCGCCCCAGUAGUCAGUCCAUCAUCCAUUGCUUGCAUGUGCUAAUGAGUGCCAAAGUUAAAAGUCUGAUGAGAAAAAUAAGGGUGUGCACAACAAACAGAAGAAGCACAAACUAUUGUAAUGUGGCCUGACAGGCUUGUGUUAAGCUAAGGCAGAGAUAUUUAGGUAAAGUGGGAUAUUCCUUAUAUUUAUAGUAAGCAAUGUCCUGGUCUCUCUGAGUCAAUCACCAGCUGCCUCUCAGAUCACAUUCAUAAUGACCAGCAUUUAGUAAUGAGGUUCAUAGCACUGGAAUGAUGAUGAUGAUUGAUGAAUGAUUUACCUGCUACAGCAGUUGAGAGCAGUGUUUUCUGGUCACCUAACUGUGUUUGUCCCUUUGUCCUGACAUAGAAACAAAUUUGGCAAGAAAAAAAGAAACAAAGAAAGAAAAUGCAUUCUUUCAUCAUUCAAAUCAUAAGAGGCUGUCAUUUUUGUCCUCUAUUCAGAUUACUUCCUAAACUGGCCUUAUGUUGUAUUCACUUUGAGCAUACUGUUUCUCUCAACAAAAAACUGUCAUCUGCUUUAGUUUUCCUAAAAGAAGCAACACUGUUGUGUUUUGAGCCACAGCAGCAGACCAUCAUAAGGUAGGUGUCUCAACCAAAAAUUCAAAUUUGAAAAUAGAAGAAUUUUGAUGAUGUUUUGUGAAAUCUUAAGUACCCCUGCAUGUUUGUUACAAUGUAAAAUGUGGACCAAAAAUUAUAAAUCACUGGUAUGGUCCUUUAUAAGUGAACUUCAUUGAUUAUUCCUAUGUAAUAUAUUGAGUUUAGUUUGCACUGCUUAAAUUAUUUAGUUGUCAUCAGUGUUUGAUUCACAAGGAAAACAAACUUAAAGCCUGAUAAGACACAAAAUCUUCUUUUUGUUUCAGUUGAAGGCUAAGUCACUUGGCCCAUUCACUACUAUUGUAGUAAACUUUCAAAGAAUGUCGCUUUCACUUGUACAGUCCUUUAAAAUGCCAAGGCAGGAAACAGUUUCCUGGUGGAUUUUUGGUUUAUGAUUGACUUCACAACAUUUGUUUUACCACUAAGUGUGAACUAAUAUAUAGCACUCGCUCUGUGACAGUGAAAAAGCUGAUCAACAACAAGCAAAGUCUUUAGAAAACUUAAAUUGUGUCAUCUCGGCGGCUUCAAACCAACACACAAAGCCUUCCAAAGUUGUUGCUUUUCAUAGUUGAGCAGCUUCGGCUGUUUUUCCCAUAGGACACAAAUGCAGCGUAUCUCUCUGCCUCUGAUCUGCACACCACCUCCACAUGAUGUCCCAUGAUUCAUAGCUGCUGAAUAAUAAAUGUUCUUUUCAUAGAUCUCUGGAGGGCUUUGUCAGUGGGCUCCUUCUCUAUCUCUCCUCUCCUCUCUUUCAUCAUUUCAUCAAGCUCUGCUUACUUCUUGAUUUGUUUUUUAGUGUCCCACUACUCUUUAUCAGUAUUCAUCUGUUUGUUUUCUUUCAAUAUCUACACUUUACCUUUGUCUCUGUGUUCCUCUAGAAUGUAAAGAAUUUGCCAACUGGGAGAUUUUCUCAUAGAGCCCAGUCAGGAUUUCCACACAUGGCAAUUUAUAGAUUAAUUUUACAGUCAUGCCAAACACCUGGAAAAUUUCAAAACUGAAAACAUGUCCUGCAAAUGUUAGCAAGAUCAUGGAAAAUUUAUCUGAGAUGACAUACUCAAAUGUUUUCUUCAGCUCCCCCUGCCCAUUCACAGCCAAUUGUCUUGUUUUCGCAUACAGCUGUCACAUGUGUUAUGAAAAGCCAGAAAGGUCAAAUAUACUCAACACUUUGAUCAACAUGGCAUCAACAUGUUCACACGUUAAUGUGUUCUUUUUUCUUUCUUUCUUUCUUUCUUUUUACACAAACAUGUUUACAAUGCACAAACAAGGUGUUGACAGCAUGUGAUUUUAGAUGUCAGUUUGUCAUUUUGAGCUAUGGGGCCACUUGGUCCAUUUUGAAUCAUGCUAAGAUGACCUGUGCAUAACAGCUAGCAUGUACACAAGUAACUGAAUAUGUCCUUGCAAAAUCAUUGGAAAAACAUUCCCUGAAAAUAAUGGGAACCCUGCCAUUCACACCAAAUAGCAUUGUAAUCUAAAGGGAUUGGGGAUCCCACAACUCAUGGGUCCUCAGUCUUUUAGUAGGGUUUUACCCUUUAACAUCAAGUCUAGUCCAUUCAGCAUAAAGGUUUGGCUGGCCUGGGUGCUGCUCCUUGGUGUGUGGUAUGGUGUGAUUGCACAGCAGGACUCCCUCCAGCUUCUCCUUUCUCUUGUCUCAGGGAGUUAUCUCUGCCUCCAGGCUUGAAGAUGUCAUGACUCACCCAAUGAAGCCUACCUGCUUUAGACAGACUUCUCUCCCCCUUCCACAGACCCAGAGUCUACAAAAAAGUCAGAAUAAAGUUGGAAGGAAAGUCAGAAUUCUGACUUAAGCCAAAUGAGUUCAGCAUGUCGGAGAAUAGAGAUGAGCUAAAUAUUCGUUUCUGAGUAGAGGAAGAUGCCCUGUGGAAAGCAGGUUCGGCUGAGUGGUGUUCCUGAUUAGAAGGCCAUUUUGUCUUUUUGUUUUUGCCCCUUUGUCCCACAGGGCAUAUGUGCUAAACUAUCAUGCUUUAGUUACUGAAGGAAAGGCUGACACACAUUCAGCUAAAUACUAUGUUCUGUUUGCAUAUGUCUGCAUCACCACCUGUGUUGUGAGAAUGUAAAGAAAGGACAAGCUUAUCACUAAGCUCACUGAGCUAAUUGCCAGGAUUUUUAGAAGAGGUCUUGCUCUCUGAGAUAAUUUUUUUUUUGCUCGUCUAAACAACAUAACCAUCAUUGCAUAGGAAUGUUUUUAUGUUGUGCAUCAAGCCUUUAAGUGUACGUGAUGUCGAGAGGACUGUUUUCAACCAUGUUGUGGUUCUAUAUUUUAGAUUGUUUUUGUAUUUGUGUUAAAAGACAUCUUCCUCAAUGUUGACCUUUGCGGCAGUCUUACAUUGUUUCUUUCCUGUGUCGAUUCUCGAUGGUGGAUUGCCAUGGACAUUUUUAAAAGAUAGAGAUGUUUGAAGAUGAUGAUGAGAGACUGUGUUGUGUGAUUUCAUUGUGGAUUCAGGAGCCUUUCCGGGAUAAUCUCUGAUGUUGCCUGUUGUGAGUGUGUUCGUGUAAGGGGGACAAAAGUGUUGUGAAAGUGAUGAUAGAAAACAUGUGGAAACACUAUUUUUCUUUUUAGUUAAAGCUGCUGAGUAAUCUUAAGCAAGGGUUUGUGUGUGUGAUUGUCACUCAAACACCAAGUUGAUUUUUUUUUUUUUUUUUUUAAAUUAUUGAUUGUACAGCUCAAAGGUUUAGGGUAUGAAGAGAGAAACUUUUUCACAAUGAAACUAUUAAAUGUUAUUGACUCAA